UUACUGGUGUACUGUGUACUACUGCGUACUGUCCUGGGUGUACUGUGUACUGGCCUGGGUGUACUGUCUACUACUGGAGUGUUUACCUGGACUACAAUCCUUACCUGGGUGCCAGUCUCUCAAGUAUCAUGAUGUCAAGGAAAAGAUCAUCUGGUCCAUACAGUUACGAUGAUGACGAAGAUUAUGUACCAACCAAGGGUGUGAAAUACUCUGAGCGGGAGGACUUGAUUCCUCAGAAAGAGAAGAAACAUUCUUUAGAUUCCGAUGAAGAGGAGGAUAAUGAAGAUGAGGAUGAUGAAACUGGUGGCAAAAAUUAUGAUGUACUAAGAGAUGAAGAUAUCGAUGGUCAAGAAGAUGGUACAGUGGACUUUGAGGGCGAGACCCAGAUAACACCAUUCAACAUGAAAGAGGAAAUGGAAGAUGGUCACUUUGAUGGGGAUGGGUUUUACCAUUUUAAGAAAGAUGCUGAUGUAAUUAAAGAUGCUUGGCUUGAUGACAUUGAUUGGGUUAAGGUGAAGCAUCGUGAAGGAGAUGAGAAGAAGUAUGGAUCUGACAUAGAUAGUGAUGCAGACAAUGAUGAUGAGAUGGAUCGAGAAGCUGCUGAUGGCAUUAUUGCAAUUUACACGGAAAUUCUUGCCUUUUUAAAACCAGGAGAAACAGUAGCCAAGGCUUUAAAGAGGCUUGGUGGAAACAAGAAAAUUUCCUCAUCACAGAGAUGGAAGUUGAAAAAAACCGGCAAUUUAGGGAGUGAGAAUGGAGACAAUAAUAUGUCGGACAUCCUCAAACUCACCGAGUUAGCUAAUAAAAUUGUUACAACUGGCAACAUGGACGUCUACCAGGAAACCUUUGAAAUGAUAACUCUUAAGGUGGAGAGAUCUAAAGCUCCUGCUCCCAAGCCUGCAAUGGAUAUGUUUGCAGAUGAAGAACAUAAGAAUAAGGAUGUGAAAUGUGAAGAUAAACUCGAGGGAUCGUUGCAAGGGCAGCAAGUGCAUGAUUCAGUUGCAAAAAUCACUUGGGAGCUUCGGUGGGAAGACAAAGAUGACGCAGAGAUACAUGGGCCUUUUAGCAACGAGAAGAUGUUGCAGUGGCAAGAAUCUGGUUAUUUCAAGAAUGGAGCGUAUGUAAGAAAGACCUGCGAACAGGGACAGUCUUGGUACUCGACGAGACGGAUUGAUUUUGACCUGUAUACUUAAUGUGUGUGUGGCUAAAUUUAAUUUUACUUUUUAGGGGUAAUAUAAAUUUCUACAUGUUAAAAAAAAAAGUUGGCAACAUAAAUAAAAAUUUUAAGGAAUGAUAUACUUUAUUACUUACAAAAAUUGACAAGAAGACUUCAUUGAACUGUAAUAUAAAGCGAGAUUUUAAUUUAUCAGUAUAUUUGAAUACAAGGAAUGAUUUUAGAGGUGCAAAUACAAUUGAGUAGAAUGAGUUUUUAUUGGUAAUGCAAUUCCAUUGGCAAGUUUAUUAAGAGUACAAUGAAUAGUGUCUUUAUUAUCUGCAGAAGAAUAGUUUCUGGUGUUUUGCAAGUCGUGUAAAUCCUUGGCCCAAUCUGCUGGUGACAGCACUUGGUUCUUAACUGGAAUACUGUGUACUCACAUCACCUUAAGCACCUUGUGAAGAUGCUCAACUUUAAAGAUAUUCUAAAUCAUUUAUUUUUCAAGAUGAUUCAGGAAGGUGCCGCAAAUGUUACAAAUGCUCAGGUACCUUUAUUCACGAGAAAGACAAACCUCUAUGCAAGGUUCAGGUAGGAUUCCCAAUCUAUACAUAGAAGUACUGUACUGUAACUCAUACCGACUGCUGCUGCUUGCUCCACCAUAUCCAAGCACACACAAUAAUGAAGGUGCAAAGCUCUUGAGCUUCUUGGUUAAAUAAAAUAUUAAUAUCUCUAGAAAUUUUUAAGAAUUUUGUAUGUUUCAAAUGUGUUAGACCAUUUUAGGUGUUCUGAAUAUGCAGGAAUGCAAGGACAAUAAAUAGUUGAAAUGAACAUUCCACAGCUUUACUGAAUUUUAUAGGUAUAUUGAUGAAAAUGGCUUGGUUCAAAGGACACAAUAUUCAAGAUAUUUGUGGUACAGUAUACAUUAUGUAUUUAGAAUUUGGGGCACAAGAUGCUACCAGGAAUAUAUGUGUAUCUGCAGCUAACCAGUGGAAAUUAUUUUCACCAUCGAUUAGUUUAACUGAAAAUUAUCAUAAAGUCAGCAUUUUGUGAAACUUUAGUUUUGUUAUACUUUAUUUGGUUUCCUUCUUGGGAGCACUUUGUUUACAUUGCUUCCCUUACCUGCCGCUUUCCAAACAUUAGCUCCACCAAAGCUGCUUAAAACAUGGUAUGCACGAUGGGUGUUGGGGGUGUAGUCUCCCUGAUGGCCACAUUGGGAAUUAUAGCUGUUAUUACUAAGAUACAUGUGGAAAUCUUCCCAAUUUAUGAAUUACUACACUGUAAAAGGAGCAUGACAAAAUUGAAAAGCCAGGUUUGCACAAACACAAUUAUGAUUUGCUUUUAUGUAUUUGCUGCCAGUUUUAUCACUUGGAUCUUUUAUGGUAAAAAUCUGGAAAUUAUUCCAAAAUCCAAGGUUAUAUAUUUGUUAUGUAGACUUACUGAUUUAGAAAUAUGAUCAUAGGUUGAUAUUUAAAAUGAGGGCUUAUGUAAUAACAGGUGAAGCUGGCAGAUGGAUAAUAAAUUUGUUUGAUCAUGAA